UAACCUUUGGUUGGUUCGCUACAAAACGACCCUGUACCGCACCGCGUACGAGUUCGACGACGAAAACAUUAUAAAUAAUAAUACCGCAGAACAACAAAACCGCGGCGACCUUGUCCUCGUCGUUGCUACGAGUGUUGAUUUUUUCUAGCGUUUUAGCACACCAUUCUUCAACGAAAACCUCUCGCAGCACGCUUUCGAUUGUGUUUGGUCUCGCGAUCGUCGCCGUUUCCUCCCUCGUUCCGUCGAUCAAUAAUCAAGUCGGCAGUGUCCCGCGCGCGAAACGUCAAGAAAUGAUUCCGAUUUUUCACAUUUUCGACGGCCGAUGACUCAUUGCCCGCUUCUCGCGUCCAAACGUUUUCCAAAAUGCCGAUUUUUUGCAAAAAUCAGUAAUUCCGUGCGCGAUUCGCGAAUAUGAAGUUGAUACCGGUGACUUACCAUGGAUUCACGUCCAUGGACAGGAGAUUCUCGAGCCCGAUGUUGCCGUGGGUGGUGUCGGAAAUCCGAAGAAGGGAUUAUAACGAACGCUUGAGUUUGGGAGUGGAAGAUGGUAUUCUGCAGGCGUACAAUCCGGACUUUGAGCUGCAAUUUUCGCACAGGGUCCACCAAAUGACCAGGUUCUCGCAAGCUGACAUUGACGCGUGUACUUUUCUCUACCUCUUGAAAGAUGACGGCGAUAACCUCUUGUAUUGCUACCUGUUUCAAGCGCAGAAAACGACUGACGUUACGGAUCUAUACAGGCAGAUGAAAGAACAAAGUCACGCGACUCCGACUAGAUCAGUGAGCAGCGCUGCCACCCUGACGUCUUUAUGCGUCGAUAUAUCACCCAGUUCGAGCAACUUCUUCGAGGUUUUGUACAUCGGAAAAAUUAAAUGCUGGCAGAAGAAAGUCCCGGACACGUUCAUAGAUGACGCUUUAGAGAAAUUCAGGAUCCACGAAUUAGAGAAAAAUAAACUGAGACUUUUAGGCAACAUAGGCAAGUUGCAAAGCGAAGAUAAUAUACACAGACGCGGAUCGACAGACUCCAGUAUCAGUGAAACCAGUUCUAUCGACAGCGUUACCAGCGCUUCCGGUUUGCAACGAUCCAUAUCGCUGCAUUCGAACAUCUUAACCGCAAAACCCCACGAAAAAACUUCCGACGAGGAAAACCAGAGCGAAUCCAAAGAUGCUGCAACCGUUGUGAACAUGGACGACCAUAACCGCACUAUGGUACUACAGGUCGACAGAACCGACCUUAGACUGAUCAGUCCGGAUAGAAAAGUUAUCUUGCUUCACAAGCACCACCGAGAUGUCACUACUUGUGUUCAGGGUAUGACGAGGGCGGAACAUUUUGGUUUCGUAUGCAGGGAGUACAGCAAUAACGUAGAAACCCAUACGGGUUAUAUAUUCAAAUGUGAAAGUUCGUCGAUAGCUGGUGACGCAGUAGCAGCAAUCACUCAAGCCUUCCUGAACAGCGAACCGAGACCCAAAUCUGUGAUAACGUCCUGCGAUCAUUGUCCGAUGGUCUGGUUCCAUAAAUUGUGCACCGAAAUAGAACACCUGCCCGAUAAAAAGACCCAAGCUGCCAUUUUGAGAAAAUUAGAACAACUAGAUCAAGACGAACAGAUGACCAUACUAACGAAAUUCAGGGGUGCCGAAACCGACUCCAUCAGAGAACAAAAUGAAUUCCUGAUGAUGCUGUUGCGGGCUCACUGCGAAAUGAAGCAGAACAGACAUACCCACGAUACCGCAGAGAACCGUUCCGAAUUUCUAAAUCAAUACUUGGGAGUGGGAGGAAGCAACGUGUUCACCAAGGCGAAAAAGUCUUUGACCAAUUCGUUUGACCAGUUUUUGAAACGCAGAGCGUCCACUACCGAUUCAGGCGGGAAUUUGAGGAACAUGAGCCUACCAAUUGUCAACAAUUUAAAUAAGGAAUCCUCGCCACAUCCUUCAGGGCAUACCCCCUCUAUCAGCGCAUCGGUAAGCGAGGCGUCGGUCUCCGACAAGGAUUCCGACGGUUUCCGCUCCAGAACAUCCACCAUGGAGUCUCACUCUGAAGCCAAGGACAUCCACCUAUCAGUCCGAAACGCCAAGCAAAGCUCCGUGUCACCAGACCGAAGUGUUUCUGGGUCCGAGAAAGGCCUCAAAUCUCCAAUGAUGGACAUCUUCUUGAAGGUCGGCAAUAGUCCCAAAACCAGUCACUUCGAGGAUGCCCGAAACAAGAUGGACGCCGGCACGUGGCGGCAGGCUAUCUUUAAGCGAGUAGUAACUCCGAAGAAGGACGAAAAGCAGGAAGAACCGAGGAAGAAGCGCACAAAAGAAGAGCUGAGGGCGUUGUGGAAGAGCGCAAUCAGACAAGCGGUCUUGCUUGUCCGGAUGGAGAAGGAAAACGCGAGACUAAAGGCGGAACAGGAAGAAUCGGCGGUAAAGAGGAUCAAAUUGGAAUACGACGAGAUGAAGCCGAACCAACGCGAGGUGAUGGAGGUGUGGGAAAUGCUGACCAAUAAGGAGUCCCACAUCAAGUGCGAUCAGAAGAUGCUUCUGCAAGCAAUUAGGCAAGGCGUCCCUCGCGGUAAAAGGGGCGAGGUGUGGCAAUUCCUGUCCGAACAGCACUGCCUAAAAUCAGCGCCGCCAGACUGCGUCAAGUAUCCCAACUAUAAUGUGCCUUACGAACAACUGCUGAGGCAACUCACCUCGCACCAGCACGCCAUUUUGAUCGAUUUGGGUCGGACGUUCCCGAGCCAUUCGUACUUUAGCAGUCCCCUGGGACCGGGCCAGCUGGCCCUUUUUAACCUGCUCAAAGCGUAUUCGUUGCUGGAUCCGGACGUUGGUUACUGUCAGGGCUUAAGCUUCGUCGCUGGAGUGCUUCUGCUUCAUAUGGAAGAAUCCAAAGCGUUUUUUCUAUUGAGACACUUGAUGUUCCGAAGAGGGCUGCGCAAUCAAUACCUCCCCAAUAUGGUCGGUUUACAAGUAAAACUUUAUCAGCUCUCUCGCUUAAUUCACGACCAGAUUCCGGAGGUUUAUAGUCACUUUGAUUUGUACGAGGUGCCUCCCACGUUGUACGCGGCUCCCUGGUUGCUCACCAUGUUCGCGUCGCAAUUCCCGUUGGGAUUUGUGACUAGAGUUUUCGAUCUGGUGUUUUUCGAGGGCACCGACGUGAUAUUUCGAGUGGCUUUGGCAUUGCUAAACCACCAUAAAGAAAAAAUUCUGCUUUGCGACAGCUUCGAAGAAAUAAUGAACUACUUAAAAGGGCCUCUGGCCAACGUGGAUAAACCGAGUCUAGAAAAAGUGAUGAAACAGGUUUACACAACGGACAUCAACAAACAACUGGACGAGUACAAGGUCGAAUACCAAGUGCUACAGGAGGAGAUGUCGGCGGUACAACCUCAGGUGGAAGCUUUGUCGAAGCUGGAGGCUCAAAACAAAACUUUAACCGACCAAAACAAAACUCUAAUGGCCCAGUUGGACAUGGCUCUGGCCAACGUGCAACGGUUGGAGAAAACUCGCUUGCUCCAACAAGCGCGACUGAAUCGGUCGGAAAUGCAAAGCCGCGGCUUAGAAGUGACAGUAGCCACUUUGGCGAAUUUCAUAGGAACAUUGAUCGACCAGAAGGUGGACGUGGAGAUACCGGACGACGUUCGAAGCAUCAUGUCCAAAAUAUCGAUCAACGAAAAGCAAAAACAGCAAGAGGGUUCUCAGAACAAUCUCCUGAAGAUGUUCCAGCAACACGACAACGCGAUGUCUCCAGAUAGGCUCAUGGUGAAAUCCCUGAGUACCGGCAGGAUCGCAUUGUCGACGAAUUUGGAUCAGAGCAUGCCCAGAUCGAACAGUUUGAACGCCAACGCUCAGAACGCGUUGCCCGCCGGUCUAAAAAGGGAAGAAAAGAAGUCUCAGUUCUUCUCCAGUUCGCACAGCAAUAUUUUGGAGCAGCAAAGGUUGAACAACAGCCAGUCUAACCUGCCUAACAGCCGAAUCGACAUUAAAAUCCAAGAGUACGAGAACAACCGGAAAAACAGCGACGUAGUCGCGGACGACUCGAAAGUUUCACCUACCCAUUCGGUGGACAGCGGGGUGGGUACUCCCUCGAGCCCCAAAACCUUAAACAACCACCCGUUGAGCAACUGCGACGUUAAUUUUACUUAUAACGGUACCAGGGAAUUGAAAAACAUCAAAUGCCUGAAAAACUAUCAGCGUAACUCUAGUCCGGACGUUUUGACAAAAUCGGGAAAGUAAGGGGAUGGGGCCGGAAUUGUCGUUUAUAUUAUUUUGAUUGUGUGAUAUUAGUUUCGUUAAGACGUAGGAUUGUAUAUUUUAUCGCCGUAGAUGGUAUUCAUAAGUUGAAUGUGAUUUUUAGGCGCUUUAGACUUUUUUUUAAGCUCUUAAUGUGCAGGGCAUUUCUCAAUUGUGCUGGGCAUUUCUCAAUUGUGCUCAUGUUUAAGGGCGUCAAUCCUUGUUAUAUACUUUUUAUUAUGCCAGAUAUUUUUAUUAGAUUUUUUGAAGAAAAUUGUUUUUGGGAUCUUGCUUGCUACUUGCUACGAAAAAAUUAUGCAAAAGUGUGUGUUUUUUUUUAAUUUAACACGGAAUCGCCCAAUUAAAGAAGAAAAUAGCUUUUUUUAACAGAUUUUAUACACACCUGCAUACACAUUGUUGAUUUAUUGAAUAUUUAAGAAGAAAAUAUAGUAGGCCACUGUGUUUUUUAAAAAUUUUAAAUUGUUUUUGGAAAUCCUUAUUUUUGUGGUAAAUUAGACUUUAUGAAAGCAUCUUUUUCGCACAAAAAAAAAAACGUUUUUUUAGUUCAUUAGGGCUGCUUCUGUUUUUUUUUUUACUUUUUCUCUCAGAAUGGCGCCCAAUAAAUAAACGCCCUGUACACAGCUAGAGUUAUGAUAACGGCCGUUUGCCUAAAAGUAAAAUCUAAUCUAAACACGCGCCUUAUUCGGACUUAUUUUAGAAACACCUAUGGUAAAUAAGUACUUAUUAAGCAUCACAGUAGUAUUGGAGGCGUGCUGGGCCAGUCUCUUUAAACCUCUGGUAGGGAAUAUUUGAGCCCAAGCGAAAGGUUUGCAAAGAGAAGUGGCUGCUAUACCUGAGAAAAGAGGGAUCGCCGGUGAUCCGUGAUUCUGGAUCACUAAUCACUCACUCUUUAGAAAAGCGUUAAAUCGAGUUGACUUUUGUUUUAUUUUAAUUUUCGAAGUAAAUAAAAUUUGGGUUUAGUUUCGGUUUAGUUUAACGGGGAAAUUUCUAUGGAAAACCUUGCGGAAUAUAUUUUCGAUAUAGCGUAAGUUUGUUUUGUACGUGAAAAUCUGCCAGUGACUUUUGUGAAAUUAUUGUUAUAAUAAAUGACUACAUUUUGUUCCUUUG